GUAAUGUUUGAUUCGGUUUCUAAAGUAAACAUCACUUUAGGAAACCGAACUUAUAAAAGAGAAAUCGCUAGAUGAUAAACAAAAACUUUUGUGUAUCCAAAACAUUACAUUACACGCUCAUUUUUUAACAUGAAAUUGAGUACAGCGAUACCGCUGUCCAGUACCUGUACGAGUUCUAAAUAUUAAUUCUCCGUGAAGCUUUGAAUAAAUUUCUUCUCGGCAGUUUAGUAAACUGUUCCUUAUGCCAUAGAAACAUUCAAUAUUCUAAGAAAAAGAAAUUUGUACAUUCACAAGUAUACGUAAAUUCGGUAUGCUUGCUCAAUGCCUCACAAGUGUUUUCGAGUUUUUAUCUAAGGGGCCACAUUCCACGUGGACAGAUUUUUGACUAUUUUGGACCCUUCUUCUCCAUCUUCCUGGAGCCUAUAUAAAUUCUAAAAAUUUUGUAUGGACCGUCGACAUUUCACAAUACUUAUAUGGCUCAAUUCAACAUAUAAUCACAGAAGGCACCUCGGAAUAAAUAGAGGUCAACAUCCUAACUCUCAAUAAUAUACACAUGAGCCAAAAACAAUAUAGGGGGAUUCAUUUCGAGCUCGUAAACAAAUACCCAGCCGUAAAAAUACUCACCUCCAUUGACGAGUAAUGGAAGAUACGCAGUUUACGGCUCGGUAUUCGUAUACGAGCUCGAUGUGAAGACCCCUUAUGAUCUUUUUUUAGAAUAUUUAUCAUAAAAAGCAGUUAAAACAAAUGGAGGUAAUAAUCACGCCGUGAACAGCUGAUCUAUUCCUCUGUGCUGAACGAUUCCAUCAUUGUCAACACGAGACACUUAACGUUGCUUUCAUGCUUGUCCAUCGACCAGUUAAAUUUAAUUUUAGCAUAUUGCUUGACGCAAUAAACAACAAUUGAGUUCAAUCAUCAUACGGUACAAAUGUCUGUCUAUGCCACGCUAACAAUACAGCUCUGAAGUUUUUUUCGCAUAAGCGACAAAGUUAAGGAACUCAUUGCAUUGAAAGAAAAAUCUGUAUACCUUUGUUUCAUAUGAGAAAACAUUUUCAAUUUUAAAAAUAUUUUAAAUACAACAAACAUUACCGCUGCCGAAAAAAACAUUAAUACGUACUGUGUAAAUUAUCAAGAAUUUAAAAAUAUGAACAAAAACGCCAUUCCAAACGUGUUAUAUACUCAUACUUUCUCCUUAUCGUAAAUACAGACUAAGUGCCAGUCACAAGAAAAAAGAACGUCGCACACAAAGUACUCAACUGGUUUCUUCUAUGCAAUUGGAUAAUUUACUCAGCGAUAGUCUCGUUCCUCAGUCAUUGUUUAGCUUGCGUCGGCAGAGGUUGUUAUCUAACGGAAAAUUCCAAGUCACCAUAAUUUUCUAGGAGAAAAAAUAAAUAAACAGAGCAAAUUAGGUAUCUUAGUGUACGUUUACAAAGAAGUGCGAAAACCGCUAAAAUUAACAAUCGCACAAAUAAUUAGAACUGCAAACAGCUGAUACGGUGAAACUUAAUACUACUGGAUAAAUGGCGCAGCAAUUGCAGCAAGUUUUUAAAACGGCCGUCAAGGUCACGGGCACAGCGCGUUCGAUGUCGACCGGCAUGAUAGGUACAAUGGAAGGUGCUCUGCCUCCCAAAAGCUCGCAGGGUUUGCACGUGUCUGUUCAGAGAGACUAUCCGGCAACGGCAGCUUUGCCUCUACCUGCCAAUAUUGAUCCGGCUGAAACUACCCGGUUUUCGCCGCAGCGUGCCCGUGACAUUAACUCGUCAGCUAUUCUCACGCAUCAAUCAUCGUACGUAGCGAAUCAUAUCGAUGUGACCGUCGACAAUUCUCGCACUAGGGAUUGCGGUACCGACCCUCAUAUCGAAUCCUACGAUUGUCGUGGCGCCGUUAAUCUAAACUCAUCCAUGCAAAGUAAUGUUCCCAGUCCCUUUGGUGGACUGCACAAGUUCACCCAUCUAAACAUGCCGGGUGGUGGCUGGGCCCAGGAGGGAAAAUUUCUAGCCCAAGAUUUGCACUCUUCGCAUUACAUCAAUUUGCGCAAGGAGGUGCGCUCCAACUGGUCUGACUAUGAGGAUAAAGCGCAAAAAGGUACAUUAGGUUUAUUAGCACGCCAUUUUAACGGGCUGCUUCAACAUACUAACCCUUUGAAUAGCAACGGUAGCGCUAGAAAUUUUUCGCUUAAUUGUGUUACAAUGACUGCCAAAGACGUUCCUCAAGCUAAACAGGUGACUGAUGAACGAGCGGAAGUAAUGCCAGCCACACGCAAGGAACGCCUGAAGAAAGCAGUCAAGGAAUAUGGCUCUACAGUGCUCGUAUUUCAUGUCGGAAUCAGCUUGACAUCAUUAGGGGCAUGUUACGUAUUAGUUUCUAGCGGAAUAGACAUGGUAGCCUUGUUAGACCGGCUCGGAUGGGCUAACUCGGCACUGGCUAGUAAAACUGGGGCCGGUGCGGGGACGUUCGUGAUAGCUUACGCAAUUCACAAAGUGUUUGCUCCUGUUAGAAUAAGCAUUACUCUAGGAGCCACACCAUUUAUCGUUCGAUAUCUACGCAAGCGUGGUAUUUUGAAGCCGCCUCCUCCAUCAAAAGAAGGUUCGAAAUGAAUUUAUAUAAUCAAAAUGAUCGUAAUAUAAUAAAAUAUUAUUAUUUUGUGAUGAAAUGUAUUUGUAAAAUAAAGAGUUUAUGCAAUUUCUGCAA